AUGCUGCCGACGUUCGUGGACGCGUUCGUCGCGCGCGACGACGACGACGACGACGACGACGCGUCUCCGUCGUCGUUCGUCGCGUGCGUCGUCUCGCGACGCCACGGCGACGGCGCGACGCUCGCGUCUCUCCUCGACGUCGCGCGCGCCGCCGCCGGAACCGGUGCUCCUCUCGGACUCCCGGAGCUCCAGGCGCGGCAUCUCGCGUCGCAGCUCGCGCUCGCGCUGGACGCGCUGCAUCGCGUCGCGGCGAUCGUGCACGGCGACGUCAAGCCGGAAAACGCGCUCGUCGACCGCGCGCACCGGAUACAGCUGUGCGACUUCGACCUCGCGACUUCGACCUCGCGACCCGCGGUCGCGGACGCAGAGGACGACCUCGCGGAGGAGAACGACGAGGACGAAUACCUGUACGCCUUCUGCGGUACCGCGGAGUACCUGGCCCCGGAGACCAUCGCGGGCGCGCCAAGAAGCGCGGCACGCGACUGGUGGGCGCUGGCGAUCACGAUGUACGAGCUCGUCCACGGGAAGACGCCGUUUGCGUCGUCCAGAGGGAACGACGAGGUGACGAUGCGGCGCGUGCGCACCGCGCGGAUCGAUUGGCCUGACCCGCCCGGGGUGAGCGACGCGUGCCGCGGGGUGAUAUCCGCGAUGUUACGGCGACAGCCGUCGACGUCCGGCGGCGGCGAAUGGGACGUUUCCGCGAGGUUGUGCGGGGAACGCGGGUUGGAAGACCUGAAGCGCGCGUCGUUCUUCCGCGGCGUGGACUGGGAUCGCGUGGGGUUGGACCCGCCCGCGUCCACGAAGGGAUGGGUGGUGUUGCCGCAGGACGGCUGA